AUGGCGGGCGCGGGGGGCGCGGGGGGGCCGGCGCCGCCCUGGUACCACCGGGACCUGAGCCGGGCCGCCGCCGAGGAGCAGCUGGCGCGGGCCGGGCGGGACGGCAGCUUCCUGGUGCGGGACAGCGAGAGCGUGGCGGGGGCCUACGCGCUGUGCCUGCUGUUCCAGAAGCACGUCCACACCUACCGCAUCCUGCCCGACGAGGAGGACUUCCUGGCCGUGCAGACGUCGCAGGGGGUGCAGGUGAGACGCUUCAAGACGCUGAGCGAGCUGAUCGCCCUGUACCUGCAGCCCAACCAGGGGCUGGUCUGCACCCUCCUCUUCCCCGUCGAGAGGGAGAAGGAGAAGGAGAACGCGGAGGACAGGGACUACUCGGAUGGAGAGGAUGAAAAGCCGCCGUUACCGCCGCGCUCCGGCUCCACCAGCUUCUCCGGCACCUCGGCGGGGCUCAGCCCCACCGGCUUGGGGCCGGCCGUGCCGGAGGGGACGGCGGAGAGCACCAACGGCCUCAGCAGCAUCUCCCACGAGUACCUGAAGGGCAGCUACACGCUGGACCUGGAGGCGGUGAAGGGGGGGGCCAGCAGCCUCCCCCACCUCAACAAGACCCUCGUCACCUCCUGCAAACGGCUGCACAGCGAGGUGGACAAGGUGCUGGCGGGGCUGGAGAUCCUCUCCAAGGUCUUUGACCAGCAGAGCUCCUCCAUGGUCUCCAAGAUCCUGCAGCAGACGGCGGGGCAGAGCGGGGAGCAGGAGCUGGAGAACCUGGUGCUGAAGCUCUCCGUGCUGAAGGAUUUCCUCUCCAGCAUCGAGAAGAAGGCGCUGAAAGCACUGCAGGAGAUGAGCUCGGCCCCCGCCGCCCCCACCCAGCCCCUCUCCCGCAAGGCCAAGAGCAUCCCGGUGCAGACCUUCGAGGUGAAGCUGGACGUCACCCUGGGGGACCUGACCAAGAUCGGCAAGUCGCAGAAGUACACGCUGAGCGUGGACGUGGAGGGGGGGAAGCUGGUGGUGCUGAAGAAGCAGAAGGACUCCCAGGAGGACUGGAACACCUUCACCCACGACAAGAUCCGGCAGCUGAUCAAGUCGCAGCGGGUGCAGAACAAGCUGGGCAUCGUUUUUGAGAAGGAAAAGGAUAAAACGCAACGGAAAGACUUCGUUUUCGUCAGCGCCCGGAAGCGAGAGGCUUUCUGCCAGCUCCUGCAGCUGAUGAAGAACAAGCAUUCCCACCAGGACGAGCCCGACAUGAUCUCCAUCUUCAUCGGCACCUGGAACAUGGGCAGCGUGCCCCCGCCCAAGAGCAUCACGUCGUGGUUCACCUCCAAGGGUUUGGGGAAGACGCUGGACGAGGUGACGGUCGCCAUCCCCCACGACAUCUACGUCUUCGGCACCCAGGAGAAUUCCCUGGGGGACAAGGAGUGGGUGGACUUCCUCCGCGCCGUGCUGAAGGACUUCACGGAGGUCGAGUACCGCCCGGUGGCCAUGCAGUCCCUGUGGAACAUCAAGGUGGUGGUGCUGGUGAAGCCGGAGCACGAGAACCGCAUCAGCCACGUCAGCACCUCCAGCGUCAAGACGGGGAUCGCCAACACCCUGGGGAACAAGGGGGCCGUGGGGGUCUCCUUCAUGUUCAACGGCACCUCCUUCGGCUUCGUCAACUGCCACCUCACCUCUGGCAACGAGAAGACGGCACGGAGGAACCAGAACUACCUGGACAUCCUGCGCCUGCUCUCGCUGGGGGACAAGCAGCUGAGCUCCUUCGACAUCUCCCUCCGCUUCACCCACCUCUUCUGGUUCGGGGACCUCAAUUACCGCCUGGACAUGGACAUCCAGGAGAUCCUCAACUACAUCAGCCGCAAGGAGCUGGAGCCGCUGCUCAAGGUGGAUCAGCUCAACCUGGAGAAGGAGAAGCACAAGGUCUUCCUGCGCUUCGGCGAGGAGGAGAUCACCUUCCCCCCCACCUACCGCUACGAGCGGGGCUCCCGGGACACCUACGUCUGGCACAAGCAGAAGCCCACGGGGGUCCGCACCAACGUGCCGUCCUGGUGCGACCGCAUCCUCUGGAAGUCCUACCCCGAGACCCACGUCAACUGCAACGCCUACGGGUGCACGGACGACAUCGUCACCAGCGACCACUCGCCCGUCUUCGGCUCCUUCGAGGUGGGGGUGACGUCCCAGUUCGUCUCCAAAAAAGGGCUCUCCAAGUCCUCCGAGCAGGCGUACAUCGAGUUCGAGAGCAUCGAGGCCAUCGUGAAGACGGCCAGCCGCACCAAGUUCUUCAUCGAGUUUUACUCCACCUGCCUGGAAGAGUUCAAGAAGAGCUUUGAGAACGACAGCCAGAGCAGCGACAACAUCAACUUCCUCAAGGUGCAGUGGUCGUCCCGGCAGCUGCCCACGCUGAAGCCCAUCCUCUCCGAGAUCGAGUACCUGCAGGACCAGCACCUCCUGCUCACCGUCAAAUCCCUCGACGGCUACGAGUCCUACGGGGAGUGCGUCAUCGCCCUGAAGUCGAUGAUCGGCAGCACCGCGCAGCAGUUCCUCACCUACCUGUCGCACCGCGGCGAGGAGACGGGCAACAUCCGCGGCUCCAUGAAGGUCCGGGUGCCGGCCGAGCGCUUGGGCACCCGCGAGAGGCUCUAUGAGUGGAUCAGCAUCGAUAAGGACGAGACGGCGGCCGGCAAAGGGAAGGUGCCGCUGGGGGCCAGAGCCAACCAGGACUAUGCCAAGUCAGUGGGGCGGAAGCCCACCGGUGCCGAGGCACCCGCCACCGCCGCUGCAGUGAAGCUCCCGGAGGAGCUGGAGAAGGGCAGUGCCGCGCCGGCCCCCCGGCCCCCCGCCCCACACCGCAGCACCACCAGGGACGAGGCCGCUCCGAGCCGGUGCAAGGCAGAGGCGACGCCGGAGCCGGCGGGGGUGCCGCUGAAGAACAGCUUCAACAACCCGGCAUACUACGUGCUGGAGGGGGUCCCGCACCAGCUGCUGGCGCCCGGGGACCCCGGCAAACCCCCCAACCCCAAGGCCAAGGUGCAGCUGGCAGUGCCCGAGCGACGCCGGCACCCCUCGACCGGGCAGCCGCCGGCGUGCCGCAGCGAGGAGAGCUCCUCGGACGAGGACGCCGGCACCCUCAACCUGCCACCGCCGGAUUUCCCCCCGCCGCCGCUGCCGCGGGAGCUGGAGCUGCCCCCGAACCCCUUCUACGGCGGUGCCAAGGAGCUGCCGGCACCCACCGGGCGCGAGGAGCCCAAACCGCGGCCGGCCGCUGGCGGUGCCGCCUUCGCCGAGUCCCCCCCGCCCAAGCUGCACCCCCGGCCCCCACCGGCUGCCGGGGCCGGCUUUGGGCUGGAGGGGCCCGGCGGGACCCCUGCUCCCGGGGGGCUGCCGGCUGCCGGGGGGCUGCCCGCGGCGGGGGGGCUGCUGGACGACCGCUCCUGCUCGGUGCUGCAGAUGGCCAAGACGCUGAGCGAGGUGGACUACGGCGGCGGGAAGGGGCGAGCGGCCCCCACCCCCCCACUGCUGGCCAAGGGGGGGCGGCUGGAGCUGCCCCCCCGCUGUCUGCACCCCGACUACAGCCGCCCCCUCGCCUUCCCCCCCCACUCCAUCCGGGAGAGCAUCCAGGAGGACCUGGCUGAGGAGGCGCUGUGCCAGGCGGGCCGUGGCGUGGGUGCCGUGCCCGGCGUGGGCGAGUGGCUGCGGGCGCUGGGGCUGGAGCGGUACGAGGAGGGGCUGGUGCGCAACGGCUGGGACGACCUGGAGUUCCUCAGCGACAUCACGGAGGAGGACCUGGAGGAGGCCGGCGUGCUGGACCCCGGCCACAAGCGCAUCCUCCUGGAGAGCCUCCAGCUCCGCAAAUAGCCGCGGCCGAGCAUCCCGCAGCCGAGCGUCCCGCCGCUGCACAUCCCAGAUCCUGUGGCCGAGCGUCCCAGAUCCCACGGCCGAGCAUCCCGCAGCUGCAGAUCCUGGAUCCUGCAGCUGAGCAUCCGCCGGCUGCACAUCCCGGAUCCCGUGGCCGAGCGUCCUGGAUCCCAUGGCCGAGCAUCCCGCGGCUGCACAUCCCGGAUCCCGUGGCCGAGCAUCCUGGAUCCCAUGGCCGAGCAUCCUGCAGCCGCUCAUCCCGGAUCCCGCGGCCGAGCCUCCUGGAUUCUGCGGCUGAGCAUCCCGCAUCCGCACAUCCCACCAUCACCAGCAGCAGCCGUCACCAGCCAACGGG